GCGAGGCGGCGGAGGGGAGGGAGGCGGCUGCGUGCGCGGGGCGAUGGCGGCCGAGUGGGGCCCGGCGGAGCAGUGGCGCGCGGCCCUGCCGCAGCACGCAGUGCUCGGACGCCUCCGCGAGCGCGCGGCCGCCGCCGGCCCCUCACGGCCCGGGGCCGGUCCCAGGGCGGCGCUGAGCCGCAACCUGCUGCUGGGGCUGGACGGGGACCUGCUGCUGUGGGACGGGGACUGCAGCGCCCUGCACGCCGUCAGCCUCCGCCGCCUCGGUGGCCCCGAGCCGGGGCUGAGCGAUUAUCAGACGCUGCUGUGCAUAAACCCACCACUGUUCGAGGUGUACCAGACCCUGCUGAGCCCCACGCAGCACCAUGUGGCGCUCGUUGGCACCAGGGGGCUCACGGUCCUGGAGCUGCCCAAACGCUGGGGCAAGAGCUCCGAGUUCGAGGGUGGGAAGGAGACGGUGAACUGCAGCACCAUUCCCAUCGCUGAAAGGUUCUUCACAAGCUCGCCGUCUCUGACUCUGAAGCACGCCGCGUGGUAUCCCUGCGAGACGCUGGAGCCCCACAUCGUGCUCUUGACUUCAGAUAACACGAUAAGGAUUUACAGCCUGAAGAUACCUCAGACGCCCAUCAAAGUGAUUACUCUUUCAGAUUCAGAGGAGGAGACUCUUACAAUCAACAAAGGGAGAGCCUACACAGCGUCACUGGGAGAGACUGCGGUGGCGUUUGACUUUGGCCCACUGGUGCCAGUCCCAAAGAAUGUACUUGGACAGCGAGGGAGCGACGAGGUGCUGGCUUACCCGCUGUACAUCUUAUAUGAAAAUGGGGAGACAUUCCUCACGUACAUCAGCCUGAUACAGAGCACUGGGAAUCUUGGCAAGUUGCUCGGCCCUUUGCCCAUGCACCCUGCUGCAGAAGAUAAUUACGGCUACGAUGCCUGUGCUGUCCUUUGCCUGCCUUGUGUUCCAAACAUCCUGGUGAUUGCCACUGAAUCGGGAAUGCUUUAUCACUGUGUGGUACUGGAUGCAGAAGAGGAUGACGAGCAGUCGGAAAAGUCAUGGGACCCAAGAUCUGAUCUUAUUCCUUCCCUGUACGUGUUUGAAUGUGUUGAGCUGGAACUUGCACUGAAACUGGCAUCAGGAGAUGAGGAAGAGCCUUUGGAGUCUGAUUUCUCUUGCCCAAUCAAACUGCAUCAAGAUCCAAAAUGUCCCUCUAGAUACCACUGCACACAUGAAGCUGGUGUCCACAGCGUGGGGUUGACGUGGAUCAACAAACUGCACAAAUUCCUUGGUUCAGAUGAAGAAGAUAAAGACAGUUUACAGGAGCUGGGUGCAGAACAGAAGUGCUUUGUUGAACAUAUUCUUUGUACGAAACCAUUGCCAUGCAGGCAACCUGCUCCAAUCAGAGGAUUUUGGAUUGUCUCUGACAUCCUGGGGCCUACGAUGAUCUGCAUCACAAAUACCUACGAGUGUAUUACAAGGCCGCUCUUAAGUACAGUCCAUCCUGCAUCCCCUCCUCUACUAUGUACCAGGGAAGACAAAGAUGUUGCCGUUUCCCCUCUCCGGAUCCUGGCUGACUCACAGCAUUCGUUUGAGAAGCACAUCCGAAGCAUCCUGCAGCGGAGUACUGCCAAUCCCUUGCUCCUGAAAUCUGGUGAUAAAGAUGCUGCUCCUCCCCCUGAAGAAUGCCUUCAGCUUCUUAGCAGAGCCACACAAGUGUUCAGAGAAGAAUAUAUACUGAAACAAGAUUUGGCAAAAGAGGAAAUUCAGCAAAGAGUGAAGCUGCUGUUGGGACAGAAAAAGAAGCAACUAGAAGAUCUUAAUUACUGUCGAGAAGAAAAGAAAAGUUUGCGGGAAAUGGCUGAACGGUUGGCUGACAAGUAUGAGGAAGCCAAAGAGAAACAAGAAGAUAUUAUGAAUAGGAUGAAGAAAGUACUUCGUAGCUUCCACUCUCAGCUUCCUGUUCUAUCAGACAGCGAAAAAGAUAUGAAGAAGGAACUGCAGACAAUACAUGACCAGCUGCAGCACUUGAGCAAUGCAAUCAGACAGGUUAAAAUGAAGAAGGAAUACCAGCAGAAAAAGAUGGAAAAAGGUACUAGCCCACGAAAACCCAGCAUCACCCUCAGUGCCUACCAGAGCAAGUGCAUCCAAACCGUUCUUAAAGAAGAGGGAGAACACAUAAGGGAAAUGGUAAAACAGAUUAAUGACAUCAGAAGCCACGUGAACUUCUAACAUGUCCAGGAAGAUGAACCUACAAUGAAAAGCUGGAUGAGCUUUAAUUUUCUCUGGUAAUUCCCCUUGUAUAUUUAACAUUUGUAAGAUGGACAAUAUGCCUUUUCUUUAUUAUUUUGUAAAGAUAACUAAGAAUUAAAGUACUUUUGAUAAGAUACCCUA